UUCAGGUUAUGUAGGCGGUGAAGUCUUCCUCAAGGUCAUUCCAAGUAAGAAAAAUAAGGAUCACCUGAUGGUUGAACUUUGUACCCUUAACUUCUGAUCCUUGUACAUUGUAAUGCGAUACUUCAAAACACAUAGAUAUAGAAUUCUAACAUUAGCCUCAAUAUACUAUGGAUUAUAUUCUAUUGGAUCUGAAUUGAAUAUUCAACGCUGGAACUACAACUGGGAUAAGUUGUAUGAUAAACAUGAUAAUGUAAAGUCGGAAUUGAAAUCAAAUUCCCAGUCGUCUGUAAUGCAUCAGCAACCGUAUUAUAAAUUAAUCAUUUUUAUACGACAUGGACAAUAUCACUUAAAUAAGAAGAAACCAGAGGAGAAAAUUCUUACAGAUAUUGGAUGGCAACAAGCUUAUGCUACAGGAUGUCGACUUAAAGAAAUGGGAAUAAAGAUUGAUCGAAUUAUUCAUUCGGAUUUAAUUCGUGCUAGACAAACUACAGCUGGUAUUUUAAUUGGUUUACAAGAUAAUAUUGAUUGUCUAUUCGAUGCAUCAAAGAUUGUUCAACUUGUUAAUCCAGAUCCAUUCAAAGUAACUGAUUCUAAAUUGUGUACAAAAUUACAAGAUGUUGAUCAGGUGAAGAAUGUAUCAUGUUCUUCAGUAAAUCUUCAAAUGAUUGACAAUCCUUACAGUCCUUAUAUUGAUGCCAAGUUCGACUGUCAACUUUCACGUUUUCUUAAUGAAGGUCCGCCACCUGUUGCACCUAUACCAUCAACACAUUCAUCGAAAAAAUCUGACAAUAUACGUUCGAAAGAAGGUGUUCGAAUCGAUUAUGGAUUUCAAGUGCACUUAAAUCGCCAACCAAUCACUAAGUCAGGUGUUAUCGCCUGUAAUGGUCCAGAUUCCUGUCCAAUCGAAUGUUGUCCGGAGACGAAUCGAACAACAACUGCUGCUGCUGGUAAUGGAGGACGAGGCAAUGGUGACAACAGUAGCAAUAGUAUUAUUAUCAAGUGUGAUUGUCCAUGUCAUCGUAUUUCUCAGCAUAAACCAAUCGAGACAAUUGUAUUCAUUGGUCAUGCAAAUGUAUUCCGUUACUGGAUAUGUAAAGUGUUACAAUUACCCUGUGAGGCAUGGCUACGUUUAUCUCUAGGGCAUGGAAGUAUUAGUACUUUGAUUAUUACAAAUGAUGAAUGUCUGAUGACCAGCAGGGGAUCUGAUGAUGAUGAUGAUGAUGAUAAUACAAACUCGAGUUGUAGAGAGGAGAUGACGAUGUCAAAGUUGGGUUCUGUGGUUACACUUUGUCGAUUUGGUGAUGUUGGCCACUUACCGCCUAACUUGUUGACACAGUAGUAGUAGUAGAAGCAGCAGUGAUCCUCCUCUGAAGAGAUAACUUAUUCUCCAUUCCUCUCGUCUUUUCGAUAAAUUGAAUACGUGCUGUCUAGUCGCUAAAGAGAUGAGUGUGUAGGUAAAAAAAAAUAAUUUUAAAACUUUUCUAUUUACUUCUGAAUGCAUUUGAUAAAGUUGAUUUUGAUUUUGGAACAAAGAAAAAUUAUUUUUACUAAUCUCUCUCAUUUUUGUAUUGAUUAAAUUAAAUUUAGAGGUUUUGUGGGGAUUCAUUCAUUGAUUUCAGGUGGAUAUUUAUCAGUCCGUCCCGGCAUCAGACUCCUCAGGAGUGCAUAGCCAAGACCACGCCAGUGUCCGAAUCCACGAUUCUCAGGUUCCACAGCCAGCUACUUGGAUGGCAUCCGUUGGUCCACAUUUCCUAGUUCUGUCGGUUGACGAAAUUGCGUAACUUCCAUCCUCUACCGUUGCUGAAUAACUGUCCUCAUGUUCAACUUGGUCAUCUUCACUGGUCACGUAAACUGAGAAAAGUAGAAAAUGUAGUUGAGUGUGGAUACCAACUCAGUGACUCGACGGCAACGUGAUGGCCACGGAAUCUGAAGGUUCUGGGUGCACACUACUGAGGAAUCCCACACUAAGACGAAACAGCUGUCCAUUGCUUCCAGGUUCUCAGUGGCUAUUCGACUAAUGUUUGUUCAUGAUGAAUAUUAAUGGGAUUAGUUUAUAGGAAGUAGUUGUAGCAGAAGUUAGCUGAUAUUGGAAAAAUUGAAAGGAAUUGACUGAAAAUUGACUUCUGAGAUCGAAGUCAUCUUCGAUGUUCCAAUUUCUCAUCUAUACACUACUACUGCAAUGUCGGGAUUUACCUUCUUGGUUUUGUACUGGUAUACUUUUGUCUAUGUAUGGAGUUGAAAAUUUUUUUACGAGGUGUUUUCACGUGAUUUAUAUCGUUCUUGCAGUCAUAGGUGUUAGCCCUGAAUUCAUGAUAUCGUAGCUCAAUGAAAUGCAAAUCACUGAAGGGGACAAUUGUUGUUCAUCUACCAUCCAAUUAGUUUACUUUAUUUUUUACUUUUGUUUACUGACUUCUUCUGUAUCGACUCAGUUAACUAUGGGAUCAAGAUGAGAAUAGAAAUUUUUUUUUUGUUCUUUGAGCUUAGCAAUUCAAUUGCGGACUUUUUAUUAUUCAGACCAGAUGAUGUAAUCAACCGUAAUUUCACAAUUAAGGUGUUAUGUAAGCGUUCAUUUAGUAUUUUGCACAAGUGUAAGUUAUGAAAAAGGUUUUCGUUAAAUGUUUGUAUUUUUUUUUCUGAAGCCUUAAGUUCCUUGAGUGUCCAUUUCGGAAAAGAACUUUAAUCUCAGUGAUACAACUCGACUUCUUAUAUGUAGUUUCAUCUCUUCUUGUGUAUCAUCUUCGCAUCAUCAUUAAGAUCAACAUAAGACUAGUUGUUACUGCGUAACGCUCCAAGUUGCCACACACCUCAUAUCAGUAUACCAAGUAACUAGGCAAUGAAAAGAGAAAGAAAAAUUAGUCAAAGGAAGUAGAAGUAGAAAGUGGUGAAAAAGAGGAAAGA